AUGAUUGUUGGUGUGCUUGGAGGAAAUGCUGGAGGAGAAGGGAUUGGUGCUGAUAGAGAUGAACCAGGUGUUGAUGGUAUAGAGAUUACUUGGGAUAUAUUCAAGAGGGAAUUUCUGAGAAGAUAUUUUCCUGAAGAUGUUAGAGGCAGAAAGGAAGUGGAAUUUCUUGAGCUGGUCCAAGGUAAUAUGACGGUACCAGAGUAUGCUGCAAAGUUUGUGGAGCUGGAAAAGUACUAUGUUCAUUACAAAAAUGAUGAAGCCAAGGAAAAAACAAGUGGUAAUAAACAAGAUAUUACAAUAACUAAUAUUAAUGGGAGACUUUUAGUGGAAGAAAUUGAGAGAAUGAUUCGAGAAGCUAAGAAUUUCAAGGCGGAAGACAUGAAGUAUAUGAAGAAGGCUAGAGCAAUGAGUGAUUUGGACCAUUAUCUUUAUGAAAUGAAGAAAGUAAUGAAGGAUACUAGUGUAUCUUCCAAGCUCAUUGUUGAAUACAAAGUAAAGAUCGUUUCUGCAAUCACCAUGGGAAAUGAAUUGAUUGAUGACAAUGAGCAUCAAGAAACAUUUGUGUUUGUGGACUUUCUGAGGGAGAUUAAGAGCAUCUUUGAAUUAGCUAUGAAAAAUAUCAACAAAGGUUAA